AUUACGAGAAUACGAAGUACAUGACGAAAACAUCACUCUACACAGAUUCACAGUCCUUAGUCCUUGAGUGGUUGCUGGUGAAUCAAAGCAGGUAAGAUCAGGAAAAUUUGCUCGAUUUUGUUCGAUUACCAGCCGCUCCGGGAACCGAGCGAGCGAUGGUAAUCGAACCUGAACAGCGCGCUGGUACUACAAGAAAAAAACAAACGUGUUUGGCAUUAUCCUCAUGUCAACGGCAUUUUGGUUUUUGUAUUCCCUGUAAUAAAAAUGUAGAUGGGAGCUGCAUCUAUUCAAGGGGUUCUCUCGCAAUUUGCUUCGAUUUGUUCUCGGCUUAAAUUGUUUUUCUACUUCAAUUCCAACGUUAGAUUUCAAUAUCUACAAAUUGCAUGCUCUUAUGGUCAACAAGACAUAUUGACUUGCGGGGUAUCUCACUCAGAAGUACUCAGAAGCACCUGAAUUCCAGUUGUCAGAACUGAUAUGCGUCGCAUAGCUAUCCAUACCACAACUUUGUUUUGUUUUAUAAACAAGAAUCCCAGAUGUGGUCUCAGAAAUUGAAUCCAAUGGUUAUACCCACUUGGAAGCUUUGAUCUUCCAUACAUAAAAAUAUAGAAAGGUUAGACAUCAUGAAUUUCUUAUGAUCUCACCCGAGUUUUAUUGUGCAGUAAUUUGCAUUUUUAGAAUGUGUUGUGACGCAUUGCAUUUAUUUGUGAAAACUUUCGAUCCGUCAUUUUUCUAGGGAUUAAGCGUUUGCGAUCGAGUUAUUAUUUGCAUUUUUGCUCUCGUUCCAACUUCGCUCAGAAACGCUUGCUACGCAGGCUGCCCGUGGAUGGGAUUUACUCAAAGACCUUCAUGGAGCAGAUGUAGCCAGCGAUUUAAAAAAAAAGAAAUGGAUAUAAAUUUUGGAAAUAAUUUUGUUUUAGCUCCUGUGUGCAACGACCGCGACCGCGUACAAUAAUUUGCUGUUUUUCUUAGUUCCCUGGAAACGCAGGAUAAACUUGUUGUCCUUGGACAAUUCAAGCUAAGCAGUAGCCUGCGAGCAAGCUCUCCUAUUUGGGCGAGUGAAACGAGCAGAGGAAGUGAGAACCUAUCUUGUGGUGUGCUUUUGUUAAGAUCUCAAGUCACAUGAUUUCUUCAUAUCAUAUUUCUUCAUAUCUUUUGUUAAUUUUUGGCUUUGUAUACAGACUUAUGAGACUUUCUUUCAUGUUCUGACACGUCUGAAUCUUUUACGAAAGAAUACGAUCAUUUUAAGCUCUUUUAGACAACGUUUGUCGCUUAUCAAAAGUGAGUUGUCAUUAAAAACUCUGGAGCAAAAUGCAAAACAAAAAUAAUAAUAAAAAAAUGCCGUCGAGACCAAAAGAAUUUUUCUGAUUUCGUUUAUACCGUGGAAGAGUUUUGGGGCUCUUCACACUUGUUGGGUAACUGCGUGACAGUCGCAAAAAGGGGAGGGGGUAGGGAAAAGGGAAGGGAGCGCCGUCCCUCACCCUUAGUCCCCAAUCCCCCUCCCCUUUCCCCUUCCUCCUAAUCCCCUACCCCUUUCGGCGCCUGCUACGCGAGCUACCCUUGUGUACCCAAAUCAGCACCAAAACGCUGUGUUCACACCAAUGGCUAGCGAGUACAGUACUUUCGCACUGUGCACGUUCACCAAGCUUAAACGCCGCUGCCUUAGUCUUAAACAUACAUUUUAAAUACAUUGUGAAAGCGAAAGGAAAUAGAAUAUUUGAAGGUUUGGCAUUUGGAAUGUUUUUCACGAGUCUUUGCCGAACGAUAACGGCAAGUUCGCGAUGAAACUUUGCUGUAUCGUACUUGACCUAAAUUUCGAGGACUGUUUGGGUAGAUCUCUCUACAGAAUUCAGCUGAGAAUUAACUUUCGUUUCCGUGGAGAUUUGUUACAAAUAAAUAUCGAACAAGCGUUAUUCUGGGGAGUCGACCUUUUCUAUGAAUGAAGUGCGCCUGACGAAAAUCCGAAGACACAGGACAAAGCCUGUAAUUGUACAACUAGCUUAACUGGGCGGUAAUAAAUACUUGCAAACUUUGCCGGCCUUUCGGCAUCUACGUGAAACAGAUAUUUAAUUCAGUUAGAAAAAAAAAAGAUGAUCUGUAGCUGUGCCUUAACCUUGUUGAAGUCGAAAGUACAUUUGUUCUCGCCAUUUUAGAAGAGAUUUCAAACCUGCCUUUGUGAACUUGCAGCAAUGAUUAUAACCAUGUAAUUUUUUUUACACCGCCUUUCUCUUAAAACAUUUGUAAGCAGUCAUUAAACUUCUACCUUCAACCAUAAGAAGGACGGGGGAGGAGCAAAUAUUUUUCCCACAUGACUUUUGCUUGAUUUGUUUGUGUUCUAGGAAAAAUGCCUCUCACUGCGGAUGAAAUUUUAGAAGAAGUUGGUAGUUUUGGUUGGUUCCAAAAACGACUCCUUAUUCUUUUUAACGUACUUUCCUCUCUUCUCUUUGGUUGGGCUGUAAUGGUGACAGGUAUCAUAACGGCGGAACCCCCCUGGAAGUGCGUACAGAACAGCACAGCUUGUGCAUUUGACGGGGAGUUUAGUCCAGGCGAUGACAACUAUGACCACCGGUGUAACAUCUCGAGAAAAGAUUGGAAAUUUGUGGAUGACUUCACUACCGUUGUCACGGAGGUAAAAAGAAGGAUAUAGAGGCUGAUUUGCAUUUGUGUUGUGGUGAAUUUUUAAAAAUUACCUUUUUCUUUUAUUAUGGAGUUUCAUGGUAAUGAAUUUUAAACACAAACUACCCUGCAAGUAGAGACUCCUUUUGUCCUCUACACUGAAGAAGUGAAAGGGAGGCUGGCUCUGCCUGAAUCGUGUCAAGCCUUUGAAAUCGCCUCAGCCCGACCUUCUGGACUGGUCAGUCUCGUUAUCCCUCGUCAAACUGGUUUUUCUGGGGUGAGCAUCCGUUCACUGAUUGAUAAACCAAUUGUCAUAACUGAACCCGUUGUUCCAAGGGCACGGCUAUUAGGCGUGGGUCCGAAAUUGUAUCCUAGCAACAUACAGCGCAUGCUCAAGUACGAGCAAGCGAAAGAAAGGUUCUGCUGGUAGGGUGAAUUAAGACGUGAUAGAACCUGACUAAGACAUUUUUUCCAAUCAGAUCACUUACAACGAGAGAUUCACUGGAAUAUAUUUAAAAUUAUAAAAGGAAGAGAGUGUAAUUGCUUAUGGUAAAGGUACUAUUACAAAAAAAAAAAUACUCUACCCUGAAAUUUUCCAAACCACCCAAGUCAAGUUUUGAUCAAGCUGCUUUUUCCUCCUCUGCGCAAGUUAGCUUUUGGUAUUUCUUUUUCUCUGUUAUUUGCUGAUAACUUUGCGUUCUUCCUUUUUACAGUUCGAUCUGGUUUGUAGCGAAUCAAUUUAUGGAACCUUAGCUGUAGCUGCCGUGUUCCUUGGUUUCUUUUUCGGUGCCAUAAUCAUUGGUCCUUUUACAGAUAAGUUUGGACGAAAGCCAACCAUUUUCAUCUCUGGGUUUUUCAUCGCUGUCUUUAGUCUGGCAUCUUCAUUCCCCAAAAUCUUUUCACUCUUUGUUGUGUUCAAGAUUAUCGUGGGCCUUGGUGUGGGUAAGAAGUUUUUUCAAUAAAUUAAACUUUUUUCUUACAACUCACAGCCUCGGGUCAUCGUAGGCGUUUUUAGGGCAGCUCGUAUUUUGUCCCUCCCCACAAACGGAAAUAGGAGCACCCCUAAGAACGCCUGCGAAGGAGGCUAUACAACUCAUGGAAAGCUACUGAGCUCAUUAUUUAAAGGACCGUUUCAUUUUAUUCCGCCGGUUGUUUAUACUGUUAGCCUUUAGUUUUACAUGAACCCUUAUCAAAAAAUCAAAUAAAGAAUGAUACUCGCAGUUGUGAACGAAAUUGAUGCAAUUGCGUAAGAAGCCUGAAGAAAAUUCAGGGCUUUAACGGGAAUUUAACCCGUUACCUCUCGAUACCGGUGCGAUGCUCUAACCAACUGAGCUUUGAAGCCACUGAUGUUGUGAGCUAGUCAGUUAUGUGUUCAUAUGCUCCUGUGAAAGAGAUGAAUGUGAUAGAUGUAUAUGGAAUAAGAAAUAAUCAAUUUAUUAUUAUUAUUAUUACAUCACACGCAAAAAGCGACAAAUACGUAGCAGUUAGAUCGACGUGCAUAUUAUACUUUACAAUUAUUGCCUGAGGCUGAAUAUGAUGCAAAGAACUGUACAGAUGGAGAAGGGUGUUAUAAUUUUGACCGCGGUGGAUAACAGGCUCCGAGAUCUGAAUAAUUAAUCAGAUCAGAAAUUUAGUGAUUUUUUUAUCGUUCAUUCAAAAUAUUUAAAAAUAAUCGUUGCCUGGGGGAAAUGCUGGUUAUGAAGAAUUAGCUGGAGGAUUAAAGCCAAUCAGAACGGUGAAGUAUUUUGUAUCAAUAAUAAUUCUUUUUUUUUAACAGGUGGAGCGAGCGUCGCCAUAUUUGUUCUUGUGACAGAAUUUGUCGGUGUCCGACAUCGCAGCAUGAUGGGUAUGUCUCUUUGGUACUGCUGGAGCAUUUCUCUCAUGGCAUUGGCUGGAUUGGGUUACCUCAUUAGAGACUGGAGAAUGCUAAGUAUUGCCACAUCGGUUCCUGGAAUUCCCGCAUUGCUUGGCUGGUUGUAAGUGUAGAAGCCAUUCACAAAAGUUAGAAAGAUUUCCGUCUUGUAACGUGCUUUUUUUUUACAUUACUUCUGAUUUUUCUUUACGUUGACAGUCUGACCCCUGAAUCUGUACGCUGGUUGAUGAUAAAAGGAAAAACCGAGCAAGCAAAGGAAAUUUUCCGAAAAAUAGCAAAAGUUAACAAAAUGCCCAUGUCCGAUAUGGACAUUAAACCUCCAGAAGAUGAUCAGCGUUUGGGCGAUGUUCGAGAACUCUUUGCUACACGCAAAAUGGUACAAAAAACACUUUUGUCUUGGUACUGCUGGUAAGUUUGGAUGCAGUUUUUCUGCUAUUCUUUUUCAUUGCCUCCUUGAAUGAGUAUACAAGUUGCAUUCUACUCUGUACUUUCUUUACUCUUUAUUACAAUCAUUUAAUACUCUCAUGAUGUUUUCAACCAGAUAGACUAAUGCUCGGCGAGUUCGUAGGCCUCCCUCGUGUUUAUCUCUACUGGCGCAUUACGGUCCGGGUACUUCGGUUUUCCAAAUUCCAGUUUGAUCAGAAAUUAGAAAAAGAACUACUUGAUCGUACUGCCACUAAAUCGUUACUUAUUUUGAAAUUUUAGCGUCUGACAAAUCAAAUCAGAUUAUUACUGGAAGAUAAGGGAGACAUUUUAUAUCCAAGAUGUUAAGCAAGCUUUUAUUGCCAAAGUCAGCAGCGAAAAGCUGUUGCUUUAUUUUGUUGCCUUUUAUAUUCACUGUUUGGUCUCAUUUCCAGACCCCUUGUCAAAUUUGUAACGGUCACUUUUGAUCGCUUUUGAAAAAAAAGGUUGACUAGGAAAAAUACGAAACGUCAAGUUUAUAUAAAAAUGCGAUAGUUCACAAUGUUUAUCACCACUGGUUGUGUUUAAUUUUCGAUGAAAUUGUUAUUUAUUGAUUUUAAUUCAUUCAUUCAUUCACUCGUUCAUUCAUUCAUUAUUUACUUAUGUUGCUUACAGGUUUGUCAAUGCUCUGGUUUAUUACGGUGUUUUCCUAAGCGCGCCUUCUAUUGGAGGAAAUUUCUUCUUGAACUUUUUUCUCACAAGUUUGAUCGAGCUCCCAGCUAUACCAUUAGGCGUUUGGCUCUUUAACAGGUUUGUUCUAACUAUCAUCAUACUCUUCAUCUUUUAAACAUUUUUUCGCGAUCAAAGAAUCCUGAAGCGCUUUAACAGGUUUUCCUUGACCAUAUUUUAGUACUCAAUAUGUGAACAUUUAUUGAAAGUGGUUCUACUAAAAAGAAAGAAAUUUACAACCUUUUAUCCAACCUAAGCCUUUCGUAUGCUUGUCCCUUUCCCUUACCAUUGGACUACCACAAAGAUCCGCAACAACUCCAAAGAAAUUGUUAAUUAGUACAUAUAAUGAUUUACUGUUUUUCAUAACUGAUACGUCGAAAAAGUUAUCUCUGGUCAUUUCUCGAAAUUUUUUUAAAUGUAAAUUUUUGGCUUAAACUUCGCAUCGCACAGAAUUUGACCCUCCUCGGUGACAUCCACAACAGGGGUCCGGGUUCUAGUCUCACAGUCCGCCAUGUUGCCUACUCAAAUCCAGGCCUAUCCAAAAGGAAGACCUUAGAUAACAAUAUAAUCUCAACCACGUUGUAUUGUGGUGUCCAGCAGUUUUAGUGAAAACAAGGGUUUGGGUGUGGUGCUCAGUCUCGCCGGCUCAUAAAACCUGGUCUCGGUCAUUGUUAAUAAGGAUUCUCUAUCCAAAAUGAGCUAAAAAGAGCCCUAGUAACUACAUUUAAUGUUGUUAUGGUGACUUUACUUGGAUUUUUAAAAUGGCGGUAAAAAAUCAAGUUUAUCGUGGAGGAAAAAGUGCGGCUAUUUGGCCGCUAUUUCCACAGUACGUUUUGUACAAUCAACGGGGGAUAGCGAGAAAAUUCCAAGUUUAAAAUGUCAGCGGUUAGAGGUAUUAUGCCAAAGGUAUGGUUCAAUAGUUUACUGUUUAUUUACACACUCGAGUUGAUCUUCAUUUUGAGCUCCCCCACGUUUACGUAGUGCCCUUGAUUUUUGUUUAAGUGGUUUGGAAGUUCGUCUGCCGCUAAGUUCUACGGAUUUUGAGCCUUUCGUGGGCACGUUUUUGACUGCAAAAAGUCUUUGGAUCCGCUGCCGGAAUUUUGGAGCCUUAUUGACAGUUAGUUGACCUCUGUGAUGGAUGUGAUUUAUGCUUGCGCACUUUUUGAUCAGCAAUCACCAGAGGCACCGAUCGAUAAAAAUGGCUGGUGUUAAUUGUGAGUUUUCGCGUUUUUCUUUUAAGAUUCUGUUCGAAAAGCCAUGGCCGUGAUAAACUGACAGCUGCUGGAGAGACUGGAUCUAAUUUCUAAACAUUCUGAGCUGUCGCGAGUUUCUGUGCGAUGGUUCCUUCUAAUAAUCAUCUGCAGCGCGUAUUAGAUCACGUAUUGUUUAAAAAACGUCAGUAUGUUGUGCUUUAUACCUUAAGCCAGCAAACCAAAAAAAUAAAAGUAAAAUUAAGGAAAGUUAUUCCUGUUUCCUGUAGAUUUGGAAGGAAGAAAAGCAUUAUUGCGUGUUUGAUCUUAGCUGCGUUUUCAUCAUUUGGAUCCGUUCUUAUAGCAAGCGAGGACAAUACUAGUAAAGGUAGGAGUCGCUUUAAAGGCUGUUUACGUGGUGGGAGGAAGAUUCUAGUACCAAGAAGAUUCUAGAAGGCGAAACAACUUUUCGUUGGGUUUACAUGCAGAAAUUUCGGUCCUGUGUGGCUAACAGUAGAGAAGGAAUUUAAGAUUAAAGAUAACCCAUUGAACGACCUGCCGCCGUUUUUGUUCUGUUGGUCCCUAGUACUAGGAUCUUCCUAGCGAGGGCAGUUUACAUGGUGCUAGGAUCUUGCUAACGCUAGGGACAAGUACAGCUUUUGCAUGUAAACUGAAUACAGAAAACAUAUGUUGCUAGUAUAUAUAAAUACAAGAAGCGUACUCACUUUAAGCUUUGAUCAGUAAGUUAAACCCUUUUAGGCGAGACGGGGUGCAACAUAGGGCCGGCUAGUGCGAUUCACGCGGUAGUUUUGUUACAGACAGCAGGCGUGUUUAUCACUGGAGACUUGCAGGCUUUUGCGAAGCAUACCAAAAAAUGAUACAUGCCUCACAAAACUUGUUUGUUUGAAGUAGGCUGCAGAAAUCCAAAAUAUUUCUUUGGAUGAAAGAAAUGACCGAAACGGCAGGAAUCUCUCCUCCAUCAGUACUCAUGUCACAGUAUACCACCCUUACUUCUGGGACGAUGCAUGAUGUCCAGGAUGAUCCGCCUUCUAGCAUCUUCCUGGUGCUAGGAACAUCCUCCCUCCAUGUAAACAGCCCCUUAGUUUUAUCAUAAAACAUGAUGGCUUUAAUACAGCCAGGUUUUUUGAAAAAAAUAUUAAACGAUUAAUGAUUAAUCGUGUUAACCGGCAUAUUCAUAUAAACGGAAGAAAACAAAAACAUGGGACAUGGUGACCGCGGAAUGCUAUAAACAUUGCUAAUAUAUAGAUUUAGCCAGGGCUAAAAGCGAAGCUCUCGAUAAUAUUUAUAUUUGGUUAAAAAGAAAAUAGAAGAUCGUGUAAUGCUAAGCGGCGAAGGCAACGCCGGAGAACGGUGGAAAACAACAAUAGGUCUAAUUAGCAACAAAGGAACUUUGCACGUGCAGCACACUUUUUUCGUACAUUUCUUUGCCGUUGUUUUGCACGACUGCAACGUGAAACUUCCAGAAACUUCUUAAUUACACGUUUUAUGGACUGAAAUGUCGUACGUUUUCUCGUUCACUGUUUUUUCACUGCCGCUCACUUUCACCUUGCAUUGGUGGCCGCUAGCAUUUCUAAUUUUGUCACCACCGCUACAAAAUUGUCAUGUUGUUCUUCCAACAAAAAAAUGUCUCCUUUGUUUUUUAUCUCUCGCCCUCGAUCUCUGCCGCCCUUUAUCUCGUUGAGCUUCGCUGGCCUGCCGCCCACUUUCUCUUUUUCUCUGUCUUUCUCUCGUUCUAUAUUCCAAAUUUGUCGACAUGACAAUUAAUCUAAGCCUAAUACUUUACAAAACACGGAUACAGAAAGAAUUUCCGCUUUCCGUUUUCGUCUUUAUUGACUCUUUAGUUGUCUCUGCUUCACAAGANCCGUUGUUUUGCACGACUGCAACGUGAAACUUCCAGAAACUUCUUAAUUACACGUUUUAUGGACUGAAAUGUCGUACGUUUUCUCGUUCACUGUUUUUUCACUGCCGCUCACUUUCACCUUGCAUUGGUGGCCGCUAGCAUUUCUAAUUUUGUCACCACCGCUACAAAAUUGUCAUGUUGUUCUUCCAACAAAAAAAUGUCUCCUUUGUUUUUUAUCUCUCGCCCUCGAUCUCUGCCGCCCUUUAUCUCGUUGAGCUUCGCUGGCCUGCCGCCCACUUUCUCUUUUUCUCUGUCUUUCUCUCGUUCUAUAUUCCAAAUUUGUCGACAUGACAAUUAAUCUAAGCCUAAUACUUUACAAAACACGGAUACAGAAAGAAUUUCCGCUUUCCGUUUUCGUCUUUAUUGACUCUUUAGUUGUCUCUGCUUCACAAGACGCGGGUGGCUAUGCGAUUUCCCGUCAAAAUAACCUCUAGUUACAUUUGGGUUGCCAUACCUGUUGAAUGAGUUAUUUUACGUUGGUAUGCCUGUGGUGCGGACGGACGGUUGGGCGGUCGGUCGGUGUACGGUCACGUGAUUACCAAAUUUUCUCGGAUGGGUAGUUUACCACAUUUUCGUACCAACGGUGCUCCGCUGCGCGCGCUUCGCGCGCGAGAGCUCCGCUUAGGAUCAUUAUUUUGCGCUAAAGGAAGUCUGUUUACUUGUCUGCCGCCUGGCAUAUCAUUAGCAUCGGAUGAUAUUUAAUUUAAGCGAAAAAAAAAACAUAAGAAAGGUUGCCUUAUCUAAUGAAUUUGUUUACACAUAUGUUUGUUUGUUUGUUUUUUUUUGUUUUGUAGGUGCACUUGCUGGCAAAAUAAUACUGUCCAUGAUUUUAGCCAAGUUAUUCAUUACCAUCUCCUUUGAUGGAGUGUAUCUUUACACCGUGGAACUAUUUCCAACUUCUGUAAGGUAUUUAUAUUAGACUGUACACAUUAUCAAGGGUUGGCGAGACAUAUUUCCAGUACUAUGUCUGUACACUUUGAAUGGUCACCCUUGGAUAUAAAGACACGCACAACAAGAACACGUCGAUCGGACGAUAGUUUCUGAAUCCAGAUGUGAUAUCUGCAUUUGAUUAUUUUUUUUAACAAAAAGGUCUGUCAGAAGGCGCGAGCAUGCGAUAACUUCGAAUAAGCAUUCGUUUAAUGGUUUUAAUUAGUAUUUUACAAGCAAUUAGCAUUUUAUUCAGUUUAUAGGGGUUAGUGGUGGUGGUUGGUGAGUUGAAUGGAAUAUUAUGGGAGGUUCUCAAAGGUAGUAAAAUUUUUUUUUCUUUAAGCUAAAUUGAAGUAUUGUCAAGGACUAGAUUUUUUUUCUUUAGCUAAGUAUAAGUUUCCCUUGACCGAUGUACGGUUUACGAAAAAAAAAGAGGGCAACAUUAGGGCAACGCAACGUUUCACGAAACUCUAAGUAUGCGCCAAUGAAUUUUUAAGCAAACCUGUACCCAUCGAGAUUUUGAAAAAGCUUUGCGGCCAGUUGAAAAUUUUAUACUGAAAAAGCUUUAGGAAUGGGUAUAUAAAAGUAAUAAUAAGUAAUGAUAUUUAUAACAUUUGACUACAGAAACAUUGGUGUUGGAACAUCCUCAGCUGCUGCACGCAUUGGCUCGCUCUGUUCUCCUUUCAUUGUGUAUACUGUAAGUAAUUUAAUGUGUAUUUAAUAAUGCUAUGAUUACCAGUAGGGCGCUCCAUUCCUGGGGCAUUAACUCGGCUUAUACGUACGCACCCCCAUACUUUUAGGACCAUUUGGGAUUGUUUGAUGAUAAGGUAAAAUAGUUGUAUAAUAUUUUAAAGCUCUUUGGUGUGAAAUGAGAAAAAUCAUAGUAUCAUUCUGCGUGAGAGAAAAUUAAGGGUUAAGAAAACUUUGUAGGCACCAUUUAAAUAUAAAAGAGGUAAUUCUAAGAGAAACUAGGUUUUGUUUGAACUAUCCAUUGAGGAUGGUGAGUCAGAAUUCCAAAUCAUUUUUAAUUUACACAGUCGUCUUUUCUCCCAAUUCACUGCUAUUUUUAAACGCUCCAUAUCUGCUAGGAUGAACAAUUAUUCCAUUGUUACCUGACGUGUGUGUAAUUUGUCUUUGUAGAAUCGUGUCCAUCCGUUGCUGCCAUUCGCUAUCAUGGGAAUCAAUGCUUUGCUUGCGGGUAUACUUUGUAUGAGUCUCCCGGAAACAAAACUUCAACCGACUCUUGAAACUGUGGAUAAAGAACCUCCUGAAGAAGAACUGAGCCAAAUGGUUGGAACAGCAAAUGCUUGA